GCCAUUCACAAACCGCCGCCUUGUAUACCGUAUAGUGUAUCGUACGCUUGUAUACGCUAUUUUUCUGGUCCGUCUCAGGUCGUCCGUUCUCCUCGCCGGUGGUGUAUUUGCUGCAUACUACACUAAAUUAAUAUUGUUAUUACGUUUCCAACGCAGUGAAGCCACCCCCGUCGCCAUCACCAGAAUAUUGACUUCAUUAAUUCUACUUAAAAAAAAACAUAAUGUCUGACGAUGGAGUUGUUGCAGAAAAGAGGAAUCGUGGAAGAACCCCAAAAUCAAAUGAUGUGAACGACAAAGAUACUAAAGACAAAGAAACUAAAAAACGUGGAAGACCAGCAGGUAAACUACCAGCAAAAGCUGAUAAAAAGAUUGAAAAAGAAGGUGAAAAUGGUGAACCAGUAGCCAAAAGAGGACGAGGAAGGCCCAAGAAGAGUCAAAAGAAGGCCAAAGCUGUGUCAUCAGGAAGAGGACGAGGCAGACCACCAGCAAAAAAGGCGGAAAAAGAAGAAUCCGCUGAAGACAAUGACGAAGAGGAAGAAGAAGUAGAAGAUGAAGAUUAAAUUAAAAUUAGUUGUAUCUCAUACUAUAUACUUCGCCAUUAAUUUUACAUUUAUUUAAUAAGGAUCAAGAAUAAUUUUAAUUUUUAAUUUAUUGACUUCAGAAAAAAUUAUAUAAGCUUAGACUAGGGUUAUAAUUAUUUUGUUUUAUUUUGUGAAAAAAAUUAACAAUUUGUAAACAUUUUUUUUUCAAAUGAAUCAUUUUAAGAAAAAAAAUCAUUAAGUAUUUAUCAACCAUACAAUUGUUAAUCCAAUUUUUUUCAUUUGUCAUGUAUAUGAUUUAUUUUGAUGUUAUGUAUAAAUAGUAGCUUACCCUACUAUUAUUGAAAGUAAUUUUGAUGACUAUACAUAUAUAAAUAUAUAUUUAUAUAUAUAUAUAUAUAAAUAAUUUUUUUAUCAUUUUUGAUCGUCCUAUCUCUGCUAUUAUAUUUGUUAUAAGAACUAAUUUUAACAGUCUUCAUAUUUUUUGGCACAUACAUUUGGUUAUUCUUUCAUUACAUUAAAAGUAAAGUAAAACAAUGAAUCUAACAUGUUCACUAGAUAAAUUUUAUUGAUUUGUACUUACUACUUUCAUAAUAUAUUUGAAAAUGACUAUUGUACCUGAAAAUAUUGUGCAAAUAUAAAAAUAAUUUCAGAAUUAUAA